CGCUCGAGAGCUUCAAUGUUUUAGCUCCCGCAAGCAAAAAUGAAGUGAGGGAGGGGCGCCCGUACUUCGUCCACGGCUCAUGUUAGUGGCAACCAACCAACCAUGAUCAGCCGCUGUCUGACUCAACCCUUUUCCUGUUCUUCAUUUUGUUUCAAGCCUUCUCUUACACCGUCUUCAAUAUCCAAACUUAAACCCUUUGAUCACCUUACCAAAAUCCACAAAAAGAAGAAGAUUAAGAAAGAAAUAUGCAGGGCGGAGUUUUCAACUGACGCGCCCCUCGCUGCCGCAAUCGGCGCGUGUAUGUUGAGUUCACUGCUUCUUCCGGUUGCCGAUGCUGGGGAGGAAGAUGGUAGUGGUUCGGUUAUUGAUGCAGGUGAUACGAGGUUUGCGGCUAUGGGGAUUAUCAGCUUCAUUCCUUACUUCAAUUGGCUGAGCUGGGUUUUUGCUUGGCUUGAUACGGGGAAGCGGCGCUACGCUGUGUACUCUAUUGUAUACUUGGCUCCUUACCUCAGAUCAAAUUUGUCUCUUUCUCCAGAGGAUAGCUGGCUUCCUAUUUCUAGCAUUAUAUUUUGCAUUAUCCAUGUCCAGCUGGAAGCAAGUAUAAAAAAUGGUGAUCUUCAAGGAUUUCAAAUAUUUAGUGAGGCUGCUAAACAUCUUUCAUCAAGGAGUAGAGAGGAUGAUACACAUUUCAAAGGACAGAAGAAACCUGAGGUGACGAAAAGAGAAUAUAGGAAUUUGCCUGAUGCUGAAGAUCAAUCAAGAAAUGAGAUCCGGCAGUGGGGAAUUCCUAGGAGGCCAUCAGAACAUCAUGAGCAGUCGAAUGGAGAUUGGGACGAUGAUGGAAAAAGUGAACGCUAGAAUAACAACUGUCAUAACUCAGCCUGCUUUGUAAUAUUUGGAUCCAAAUGGAGAAUGCCAGUGUUUUUGCUGUUGAUGUUAUCUUGUUGUAUACUUGUGCAAAACAUGACUAUAGAAAAGCGGCAAGGAUUGGUGCAGACACAAAGGAGGAAGGAGAGCUUCCAUGGUAUCUUUAGUUGUGGAAACUAAAAGAAGCACAUUACUGCUUUAAUAUUUCAUUUUAACAACUCUUUAUGUAAUCUACUGAUGGUCUUUAAAUUCAGGCAACUAGUGUUUGAAGUAUAUUGUUUUCUCUUAUCUGCAAAACAUAUGAGGGAAACAGCAGGUCUUUCCAGUAAGCUGUUUAAUUAUGAAUACUAAUAUCUGUUGGUUAAUUC